AUGUCAGCCGAGAUCCCAUGGCACGCUGCAUAUCCCCCACCAAGGGGCGCGGCACCCUCCAUAUCGCGAGAAGAGCUAUUGCAGUGGAUCCAAGAGGGUAAACAAGCAGGCAAAGACUUUGUACUUGUUGACUUGCGUCGCACAGACUAUGAGGGAGGAACAAUCCAAGGGUCAUUGAAUUUGCCAGCUCAGAGUUUAUACCCCACGAUCCCAACAUUAUAUUCUCUUGUAUCGAACAGCACUGUGAAAUACGCGUAUACUGAUCUGCGUUCAGGUUCAUCUGCAGGCCGAGGUACUCGUGCAGCAGGCUGGUUUGCGGAUUACCUCGAAGAUCAACAAAAUGGAGAGAUUAAGAGUUUGAUUCUCUCAGGUGGCAUUAAAGGGUGGGUUGCAGCCGGUCCUGAGUAUAUAUCUUUGAUGGAUGGGUAUAAUGUCUCUGUUUGGACAAAGUGA